AUGGGCGUGGCUCACGAAAUAGAGCCGUGUCCCGCCCUCAUGACUCCACCAAACUCAUGCACCUCCAUUCAGCGGCCUUCACAAAUGGAAGAAAAGCGACGCAAGCCGUUUAAAAUUUGCAAUUCAGAGCGUACAAAAACUCAAGGAAUUGUUGCAGAAAGCCUAAAAGAACUGAAAGAAAGGGGAAGUUCAAAGUUGGGGAUAGUAGCAGGGAGCUGUCGAGUAUUUCUUGACAGUGAUGGAACUGAGAUCGACGAUGAAGAAUAUUUUAGCUUCUUGGAAGAUCAAACCAAACUUAUGAUUGUUUUUGACGGGGAAGAUUGGACAGCUGGCUUGCAGAAUUUUGGAUAUAGUCAAGGAAGUACAGAACUUAGUAUCAGCAGUGCUGGGGCAAGUUUGGAAACCAAUGAAAGCAUGGAAUUUGACAGGACUGAUGCAGGAGAAACAGAUGGCAUUCCACCUGAUCUUCUGAUAAGAAUGAAAAAUGACCCAGCAUUUUUUAUCUCAUUUUCUGAUGAAAGACUCCAAGACGUGAUUAAUAUUAAAACAGAUUCACUUGCAACUGUCAUGGGCAGAAGUGUUAUUGAAGCCGAGCACAUCAUGGACACAUGCCAGCAAGAACUGGAUCGAAGGGCACAACUAAGGGAAGCUACUCAGUUAUUAAAACUUUUACAAAGAGCUCAAGAAAAUCAAGCCUCUGAAAAUGAGUCACAAAGUGCUGGAAAUAAACGACUUAGGACUUCAACUGAGUGAUAUCUCCUAGUCAACAGAACAUGUCAAACAUUUUAUCUAAAUAAGAGUAUUUUUUUAGUCAAAAAUUUCCCCCAUUCCUGCUUUACCAAUAGAAAACACUUCAACAGUCAGUCUUCUCCUUUCAUAAUUGUUUUUCUGCUUGAGAGAUAGCACACAAAAAAAUUCAUUCCAUUAUGAAUCAUACCACUGAAGCACAAAAUUAGAAAUGUAAGGUGAACACUGAAAAUUUUCAUUAAACUCUGGAAAAAUU